AUGGCACCACGCGAGAUUACGAUCCCCUUUUCAGAAUCGACUGUCUCUGUGUCAAUUGUUGACACUACAUCAUGGGCUUACAAGGUCGACUGUGCCGAUCUAUUCCGUCCGAAGUUUCCUGGACUCAACACUUUUGACCUAUGCUCUUACGCGUUCCUCAUCACGCAUACUGAUCGCCAUGUCUUGUUCGAUCUUGGGAUAAAAAAAAACUGGGAAGAGCUUAUACCUUCAACUGUAGCUCGACUCAAGGAAUCAGGGACGAUUAUCCAGGUGGAGAAAGAGCUCGUGGACAUAUUAAGCGAUGGCGGACUUGAUCUGGGCAAAUUGGACGCUGCGAUCUGGAGGCAAGCUUUUCACAUUCAUUGGGACCAUACCGGGAAUCUUGCAAGCUUUCCGCCAAACACCGAUCUCGUGGUUGGCCCUGGCAUCAAAGACCGUUUUAUGCCUGGGUGGCCCAAGGUACCGGACGCACACUUCCGGGAGACUGACGUUGCGGGUCGAAAAAUCACGGGUAUCGAGGCAGAUAGCUUCAAGAUCGACAUUGGUGGAUUGAGGGCGCAUGACUAUUUCGGAGACGGCAGUUUCUAUCUUCUUGAUGCACCUGGGCACGCUCUUGGGCAUUUGAAUGCGCUCGCAAGAACCUCAGCCAACCCACCAACUUUCAUCCUCAUGGCUGCAGACAGUGUUCAUUUGGGAGGCGAAUUUCGUCCGUCCGAAGCUCUCCCUCUACCGAACUUCGUCGAUGCCCCUGGUCUGAACCCCUCCCCUUGUCCCGCUGAGGAACUCGUCAAAUUCCACCCUCGCAACUCGAAAAUACUGCCAUAUCUAGGCCUAGACCCCUGUUUCCCAGAACAUCUCGAGGAUGCGGAGAGAACAAUAAAGAGCAUUGAAGCUUUCGAUGCUGACGACAGGGUUAUGGUGAUUUUUGCGCACGACGUGUCGAUCCACGGCACGCUAAGCUACUAUCCAGAGACUGCAGAUAGCUGGAAAGAGCAAGGAUGGAAGUCCUCCGGGCGAUGGGUCUUUCUAUCUGACCUACAGCGGAUCGCCAGGGAGGCAAGCUGUAAACCCAAGCUGUGGUCAACAAAGCCUGACCUGCCUCGUGAUCUUUCAAACAACAUCUCCGUCGAUGAGGCGAUUAUGUCCCUUCAGACGAACGAGUCACUUCUCUACAAUUGGGAGAAUGCGGCUGGUCGUGCCCAAUUCACUUAUCGGUCACCGGACGACACCCAGAAGCUGAAGACUUCUUUGCCAAAACGAGCGCCCCACCCCCCUCUCCCCCUGCACCGCUUUCUUUCUGGAUUCUAA